AUGUGGCUGGCCGGGGGCCAGGGUCUGGCUGCCGACAGACUGACUAACCUCUUAGCCAGCGAUGGCGUCCCCCUCCUAGCAGCAGCUGGCACUGCCUCAGGCGAUGGGCACAGCUGGGGCAGCUCUGGCCGUGGCCUUCAAAGGCUUCUUGGCUCCAUCCUCUGUGUCACCACUUUCCUACCUGCUCUGUCCCUUCCUCUUCUUUCUUCAUUCAUCUCUAAUUCCUUCUGCUGUUAUUUCUCCCCACUCCCCUUAAACCCAUUGUCCUCAUCUGCACAGGAAUACACUUCAGUAUUGCCCAAAGCUACCCUCCUUUAA